AAAGAGACCGCUUUUGCACAGUAAAUGCUAGCUAGAGUGUUGCAACACGCACCACGCGUUCUAAAUUGGGAAGUUUCAAAAAAGACAUAUUAACUUACUACCUUAAUGUCGGCUCUGUUGGAUCUUUUCACACCGAUGCUAUGGUUACCUUUAUUACGAUCUUACAGGUGAAUCUAGUGAUGUCCAUCCUGCUGUACGUGAUGUUCCUGGUGUACCUUUGUGGAAUAAAGGCCACGUCGAUGGACAAACGCAAGCCCACACAGGACCCCGUCAACACCCUAGUCAUCAAACUCCUGCAGGCAGACAUCACCCGGAGCAAGCAGCGGGAGGCGGAGUCUUGGGAUGAUGCGAUCGAGGACGCCCCGCCCCCGCCGCCAGCCCUGCCCAGCUUCCCAGAGGGCACGGACUACCAGGACAGGAAACCGAGCUCCUUCUACCAGCCUGUGCUGGACAUUGGGGCGGAGCUGUUCAAACAGCACAAGCGCUACAACUCGCCCCGCGUUUUACUGAGCGACCGGCCGCCCCUGCAGCCGCCGCCCCUGUACCUCAUCGACGACUACGCGGGGAGCUCGGACGCAGCCAACAAAACGCGGAAGAAGCGCUACGCGGAGCACAAGAGCUACCGGGGAGAGUACUCCGUGUGCGACAGCGAGAGCAAGUGGGUGACGGACAAGACCAACGCCGUCGACAUCCGGGGUCACCAGGUCACCGUUCUGGGCGUGAUCAAAGCCAGCGGCGGAAAUGAGGUGAAGCAGUACUUUUACGAAACAAAGUGCCGGAGUGCCAAGCCCUUUAAAAGUGGCUGCCGGGGAAUCGACGACAAGCACUGGAACUCCCAGUGCAAGACAUCCCAGACCUACGUGAGGGCACUCACCUCGGAAAAGACCUCUGUGGGCUGGCGCUGGAUACGGAUAGACACGUCCUGCGUCUGCGCCCUUUCACGAAAACUGCGCAGGACGUAACGCUACCCGCUACAC